UUUAAACCUAUCACCAGUUACUAAAAAUUGUAGAAGGAUUUUUUGCUGGGAAGGAUCUAUGUAAUGAAGAGAAUUAUUUCCUAAAAUCCUAGUAACCUCCAUAGUCUUUCCUCACUAAUAGAAUACCCAAAACCAGGCAUAAUGUCUGCUCUAAAACUGGAGGAUCCUACUGUGGAUGUUGGCGACAUCGAAAGAUAUCGGAUGGCUUUCUUAAUGCAGUUUUUUGUACAACAUAAACGUAGAUUUCGGUUUCCACGCCUUCGGUUGCAAGAUCUAUAUCAAAAAGUAUUAAAAGAUCCAGAUCCUGUAGCAUUUUGUGAUCUUGCUGCUCGUAUACUUCGAUUUUUAAAUCAUGAUGAUCCAGAGAUUUGUAUGGCUAAUAUUGAUCAAGCACUUGAUCGAUUUGCUAUUGAUAAACGUACAUCAUAUAGAAUUAAUAUGCAACGUCAUCGUAAUGGGAAAUUAGUACAUCAGUUAGGACCAGCUGCAAGAGCUGCUUUAUUAGAUAAUCUAAUUGAAUCAGUUUAUGAUGAACAACCAGAUUUUAAUUUUACAACAUGUUUCAAUAGUUCCAUGUCGAAUGGAGUACGUGGUAAUAGUAAUGGACCUGGAUCUACAGGAUUCGAUCGAAUAGAUAAUUCAGAUUUAUUUGCCUCUGGAGAUAUUGGAUCCAGAGAUGGAAAUAAUGUGUUUACUGAAGCUGAAGAUGUAAAUGUACUCAUUAAAGCUGGUCAGGAUGCUCAAGGUUGUAGUUAUUACUAUAUGGAUGAUCUUCGCCUAUAUCGUGAACGUCCUCAGACUGGUAUUUCAUCUCAAUGGGAUAUAGCAGUUGGACCAACAGCUGAACAAUGGCUAGCAUUUAUUAUGUCAUUAAGUCGGAAUGAAGAAGAAUAUGAUUUAUAUUGUUUCUUAAAACAAGAUCUGUUUGACCUAGUCAAAGAAAGUCUUGAUGCCUUGGAAUUGCAUACACCAAACACAGAAUUAGAUUCAAAUUAUUUACGUACAAAAGAGAUGAAUGAAUUAGCUGAGUUGAAAAGACGUCAGUUGGGUAAUACUCAUAAAUCUAUCAGUUUAUCAUCAGUUGAUAAUGAUAAAUUACACUUGAACAAUAUUGUAAAUAUGAGUGUUAAUGGUCCAAAAAGUGCAUCACCUGCCUUUUCUGGUGGUCAUGGUAUCAGUGGAAUCGGUAGUUCUGGAAGUUCUGCUGCUCCACUAACUCCUAGUUCAGCAAGAACACCGACUUCUGCUCCACCGGCAUCAACUGUACAACAACAGCUUUCUUUACCUCCUUCAGAUUGUCAAGAAACGCUACAAACACCAAUGAAAACAGAAACUUCAAUAUCAAAUCAGUCUACAGUAUGGUCUCAAGAUGUAUUAUCUGUAAAGAUGCGAACACUUUCUGGUCAAUCACCUUGUGAUACAGACUUAGUUAACACCCCCAAGUCCGAAGGGAUUACCACAGAAUGCGGUACUUCAUCGUUUGGAUCGUUUGUCACUUCUAAUCAAGACACAGCAAUUAAUUCAACUCAUUCUAUAACAUCCACAUCUACAACAAUGCAUAGUUUAUCUUCGCCUGUAUCUGUUUCUACUGGAAGGUAUAAUCAUUUGCCCAAUGGUAGUGGUACUAUGUCGAACAGUAAUGAAUCAGUCAGAAAUUUAGAAACUGAACCGACAACAGUCGUUAUACAAUCUCAGAAUAGUAACAAUUCAAUGGUUAGUGAAUCUGCCAAAUUGUUGAAUACCACCACUACUACAUGUUGUAAUACUACUCCUAAUACUAAUACUAGUUUUACUGCUACACCUGCUAACAAUACUGAUAUUAAUAAUAAUUUUCCUAUCAGCACUGUUACCAAUCAACUUCCACCUUCAUCCCCAGCUAUAACUACUACACCUGGUGUUCCAAUAAAUGAAUCUAUAGUCCCAUGGAAUUCCAAUAUGGCAUCAUCUCCAUCGUUCCAGCGUGAUCGUAAGUUACCUCCAACCAGUGAUGCGCUAUCAAUGUCGACACAACCACCUUCUCAAGUACAAUCGAACCAAAAACGAACUAACAGUGCAGUGAUUGAUGAAGCUGUCACUUUACCCAACUAUCGAUCAUAUGCAUCAUCUCAACAAGUUCCACAGAAUCAAGUUUCUGCAAAUUUUGCUUCUAAGCAAAUGUGUGCUUUUGAUUCUCAUGUUGCAAAAGGUUCACCAAACGAAAGUAUGGAUCCAGCUAACACGAAACUGUCUAGUGCAUCACAAUUUCGGCAUCUGUGUAUGGGACAACAAGAUAUAAGUCCAUGUAGUGGGGCGGAAUAUCAGCUUCCUUUAGGUUCUAAUUCGAAACAAUGUAUUGGUCCUGCUACUGCCUUAGUAUCGCCUAUGGUCGGUAUUCCAGAUGGUGGUAUGCCUUUAACUCAAGAGCAAUGGGAAAAUCGUAAAAGUAAAAUUGCUCAAUUAGAAAAAAUUCAUUCUACAUUAAGUAAGAGUAAAAGUGCUUCUACUCCAGGUGCUAUGGCUGCAGCAACAGCUGGUGCUGUACUACAACAACGCUUAAUGCGUAAUUCAGUUUCAAUGCAGCAGCAACAGCAACAACAACAAUCAACGGCAUUAAAUAACCCAGCACUUCAACCACCAUCAGCUGGUAAUAAUACGUUACCAUAUCCUGAAUCUCUUGGAAUAUGUCAGAUGGAUACCGAAAACUAUAAUAUAACUCGUCAAGGUUGUGUAGUUGGAUCAUCUAUCAACAAUGAAUCAGCUCAACAAGAAUGGGAUCGGUUGUGUUCUGAUUAUCAACGGGGUAAGAAUGAUGCAUCUGUAAUGCGUUAUCCAGGAUCCAGACAAAUGGGAUUUUUCGAUACAACUGGUUAUUCAAUUCCUCAAGAGAACAGUCUUUCAUCUCAAUGUUCCGUCCCACCUAUGGCUGCUGGAACAAUGAUGUUGCCUUCUGGUCAAGUCAUGAUAAUGGACCAGCAAGCUUGUCAACCACCUGCUUACCAAAGUGGUCCUCCUGUUGUAAUGGUUCCACCAAAUAAUUCUAAUAUGUGUUCGUCGAAUCCAGGUUAUCCUCCAUCAAAUUCAUUGAACUGUCUAACUGAGGAACCAGGUCGAACAAUAGGACCGGUUGGUCAGGAACAUAUGUCUUCUGGAAUAGUUCCAUCCGCUGGACAAAAAAGAUCUUAUCAUGCUACUUCAGGUGGUGAAAGCUGGUUGUCCCCGAAUCCAAAUCGUCUAUCGAUGUCACCUGUUCCGAAUAUUGAAAAUUCAACGUUUGUCGGUCAUAUUCAACCCAAUUCAAUAUCAUCUGUUUGUCGAGCAAGCCAAAUGUUAAGUGUUGUUCCCUCUCCUGUCGGUUCUGUCCCUCCUACUUGCAUGCCAAUCACUAAUACUAACCAACAAUCAGUUGGUCGUGGUUCUGGUUCAACUAAGCCUGGUACAAAAAAACGUAAAGCUGCUGGAUCUGGUAGAUCUAGUGUUGUUACAAAUACUGGUUAUAAUUCAUCACUACCAGCAGUAAAUCAACAGCCAUCACCCACUAAUCAAAAUUCUCAUUGUCUUAAGCAGUCGACAACGACAACAACAACAACUAAUUCAAGUGGUACAACUCCGAAUAAAUUAUUGAAUCCUGCCUACAGUAGUGAUGAUUUACAAACCAAUCAUUUCCCUCGCUCUAUAGCUAAUCAUCCGCGUCCUACGCAUCAAGUACCACCUCCUGGUCGUCCACCAUUUCAACCUACCGAUCCUUGUAUGAUGCAUUAUUCUGAUAUGAUGUGCGGACCGAAUUCAGGACAGUUUCCACUUGAACAAUCUGGGAAUAUGGACAUGAUGAUGAUGGUCAAUCCUCGUCAUUCUGGAACUCCGAAAAGUGGUGAACCGUUUCUUAGUGGUCCUAUGAGUCCGAAUAUAUCCUGUUCUUCUGCUACUGCUCCUGGAAGUCGUGCAAGUUCAAAUUGUAGCAACAACUAUGGUCCAGGUAGUAAUUAUGGAAGUGGUGGUGGUAAUAUGAGUAAUAAGCCACCAAACCAUUCAUAUUUCGGAUCGUCCGAUAUGAUGGGACCGAAUUCAGAGUCUGUUGGAAUGAGAACAACACCAAAUACUCCAUGUACGCAGCAUUUGACUUCUGCUAGCCUAGCUAGUCUAGCACGAUUAUCUCAGAUGUCUGGACCUGAGGGACCAUAUGUUCCUUCAUCUUCAUCAUCCUUGUAUACUUCAACCAUUGGAAGCAGUCUCCCGACAAUGUCUGGUCAUGGUGCCCAUUUAAACCGAACCGGGUCUAUGACAUCUUUUCAUGCAGAUGGGAAUCCUGUGAUGCCACCUCAAGGGACACAUCAUGUUUUGUCCCAGGGUGUACGCAAUCAUAACUCUGUUGCAAGUCCUGGACAUUGUGGUACAAAGUCACAUUUGUGCAAUCCCAACCAAUCAUUGUCAUCUAACAUGACUUCUAAUAAUUUUAAUUUACCGCAUUCCUUAUCAUCGACUCAAACACUUCCAAUCCAUUCUAAGUUUAAUGCACAAGGCUAUCCUCAUACAAAUCCACAGCUUCAACCGACAUUACAACAGCAUUCACAAACACCAGCCGGUGGUUCAUCUCUCCCUUCUCCAAUCCCAAAUUUACCAGUUGUGUCUCAACAACCCCCUUCAAUUCAAGUGAACAACACGUUCUUCAAUGCCCAAUUAAAUGUGCAACAAAUGAAUUAUCAACAUGUAAGUGCUCCUGGUUCAACUGGUCAAAUGCAGAUACAUUUUGCUCAACAGCAACAGCCACCUCAUGAACAAGUACGAUCAGUUCGACAACCAGAAAGUACAAUACGAAUGACGAAUCCAACACCAAAUGAAUAUAAUCCAAUGUCUUCAAAUAACCCUUCACUUUUAUACAGUUCUGAUCCUGUCAAUCAUCGUCUUGAUUGUUCCUCUAAACCUGAAGUACCUUCAGUUCUCCCUUCUAGUUCAGUGAUUACUUCAUCAGUGUGUACACCUUUAGGGUCCUCUGUUGGUGGUUAUGGCAAUGCUAGCAUUCAGAUUACACCUAGAACACCACAUACAAUUCAGUAUCUUCCUACUGUUACUCCCCAAGUGUCUAAUCAAGGACCACCAGGGUUAUCACCUGGAUCUAAUCAAAUUCCUAGGUCUGGGUCAGUGCGUGGUUACCAGUAUAUUCCGCCUGACUCUGAUAAUAAUCCACAUCUGACUGACAAUUCUAUACGUGGUACUCCAUUCCAAUCCAAUCAGUCAUAUCCCAAUCAAAACAUUUCUGGGCAACCUGGACAAUUUUAUUCACCAAAUCAACACUAUCCAUCAUCUCAGUCAGUUGUACAACAAACUUAUGUGUCUAACUUUCAACCACAUAAUAAAAAUCCUCAACAGAGUGGCCAGUUUCCUAGUCGACCGAAUAAUUCAGCAUAUACAUGGAAUGAGGCUAAUUUUGAUUCACUUCCAUUAGGUCCAAGUGGUCCAUUGACAGUGUCUUCAGCUAAUGAUACCGGUCUGAAUAGUUUUACACUGUCAUCUAAUAAUCAAAAUCAAAUUUCUGAUACUCGUAUUGUCAGAGGUAUGCAUCAACAAGGCUUUCGUGAUGGUCAAAUGAUGAAUUAUUCUUCGUGUAAUAAUGAAAUGGCAUUGUCAUCUGUUGAUCCAUUGUCUACUGAUAACAUGUUGAAUCAUCAUCAAAUGUUUCCUAAUUCAUUCGAUGUACCAAUACAACAACGUGUCAAUAUAGGACAGCAACAACAAUCUCAAUAUAUUCGUCAGCCAACUGGUAAACCUCCAUCCUAUUCAUCAACUCAAUCACAAAAUCAAUCAAAUCAUAUUCAUCAUCAACAGAGUAGUUAUCAUCAGUAUUAUCAGAAUCAGCAGCAGCAGCAACAUCAUCAAAUGAUGAUGUCUUCAUCAAUGUGUGACUAUUCUGGUAAUAAUGACUGGAGUUCAACAAAUCAAGUUCAAUUUGUAAUGUCCAAUUCAGCGUCUAGUUCAGCUAUGUCAUCCUCUGCAAUGUACAAUAGUAACAGUAGUAAUAUUGUUGAUAAUAUGUCUGCUACAGGAGUUAUGCCACAUGGUAAUAAUAAUAAUAAUAAUAAUAAUAAUAAUAAUAAUAAUAAUAAUAAUAAUAAUAAUUGUAGUAGUGUCCCCAGUAGUACUAAUAAUUGUAAUGCUCCUAAUAAUAGUAAUAAUAAUAAUAUUCUACUUGGUGAAAAUAACAAUUUACGUUGUACAACAUCAAAUCCAGGCAUUGACAAUUCUACAAAUAUGGGACAUGCUACUACCACUACUACCACUACUGCUACUGGUAAACGGGUAUUUAUACCGAAUUCAAUGAAUGAAGAAGUGAAAAAUAAUAUGAAUUCAUUGGCACCAUUGAAUUCUCAUCCACCGCAUUCAUUUCCCCAUCAUCAUCAACAACAACAAAUGAUGAGUGCUGCUGCUGGUAAUCGGUCAAACUGGCAUCAGUCUGCUGGGAAUUCAAUGAAUUAUCCUGUAAUGCCUUCAUCUUCUUGUACAUCAUCUUCAUCACCUAGUCAUAAUAGUAAUACUACUCGAGAAAUGUAUUCUGGUCAAAUGCAUAAUACAAAAUUCCCUUUAAAUCCACCACAAGGUACUGGUCAUUCAACUGAUACUACCGCCUUGACAGCAAUUAGAAUGAUAGAAAACAAUAAUAGUGGCGGUGGAAAUCGUAACAUGAUGCUUAGACAAUCACAAGAUAAUUAUGAGACUCAAAUGUCUGCAUCAUCUGGUUUAUCAACACAAGUGUAUUCAUCAUCGAUUGUUUAGUUUACUACUGAAUGCAACUAUUGAGUAGUAGUGGGACGGGUUGGGGAUGAAGGAGAGGAACUAAGGAUAUGGACUAAAAGAAGUAAAUAAAGUCUCUUUCAUAGAUCUCUCAUUCCUUACUAUCUUUUACCUAAUGAAAAUGUUACAUAUUUGUUUGAUGCAGUAUACUAACUUCCUCUCUUACCGUCUAUCUCGAAUGAACUUUAUCUGACUAUCCUUCAAUCCAUGUUGUCAGUAAUUUCUUUAAGAAUAUCCGAUUGUGUAUAUAAUAAUGUAAUAAUAUUUAAUGAGAUGGAUGACAAUUACUACAAACUGAUAAUGCUAAAUUUCUAUAGUUGGUCUUUAUCCCAACAAUAGCCUCUUCUUCGUCUUCUUUGGAUAUAUUUCAUUCUCGAGGCUUUAUCUCCACUAUGAAGAAAUGAGAUUGGUGUUAAUCUUCUUGCUCUACUCCUGUUAACAUUGUUAUAUUUAUUUUGAUGAAUGACUAUGUUUAAUAAUCAUGCUUUAAGUGACCAGUUAGUGCAGGAAAUAGUUUGAUUUAAUUUGUGUACAUAUAUUACUCUGCGACUACUUCAAGUAUUAGUACUAACCUGAAAGGAUAAUAAGACUUGUGGUGGUGAUAGUGGUAGUUACUUGUCACUUGUGAGUGCUUAUUGUUAUCGCGUUGUAUGUAUGUGUAUGUGUGUGUGUGUGUGUGAGCGUCAACGAACGGACAUUUUUGUAUCCUCUUACUAUGCUUGUUUAUGUAUAUCUGUCUAUCUGCUAAGUAAGGGAAUUUCUCUUUAUUCGUCUUACGCAUAGAUCUAUAUGUCUGUGUUUGGGUGUGACAACAAGUAUCUAUGCUUUCACGUUGACUGAUCAGGCAUUACGCCUCCAUCGCACAGACUAUUUCCUACAUGGGCACAGGCAUCCGUGAAUCUGUACAUAUUCAUGUGUUCGUUAUAUAACACAUCUAUAAUAAUAAGCAUAAUUAUCUACUACAUACACAUAUAUAUAUUCACACUUAGACAUCCGUCCAUAUAUACGAUAUACACAUGAUUAACUUUUGAUUUCUUCCUUUCUUUUCUCUCUCUCUUUCUGUAUGAAGAAAAUGUGUAUUAGUCUUGUAUUAUUAUUAUUAAAAAUAAUUAGGAAUAUUGUUGUCUUCUGCAAAAAGUUUCAUUCUUUUUCAGUGUUCAUCAUACCUUUGUCUAUUUAGUGUAGAAUGAUUCGCCUGUCUCAUAUUAGAAGCAGCACACUUUUUAGUCAAGCAACUGCAUAGUUGUACAUUUAUAUUCUCCAUCUUCUUCUUCUUAAGCAUUGAUUUCGUUUGUUUUUUCUUGUAUCUACCUAUCUAUCUGUCUAUCGAUCAUUAUUAAUAUUACUACUACUGUUACUGCUGUUGGGGGGGGGGGGGAUCCUUCUUGUUUGUGGACUUAUGUAGAGAUCGACACGUAAACGAUCCACGGUUGUUAUUUAGUUGGUAACUAAUCUGAUCGAUUGAUGGGUGGACUGAAUAACUGAUGUGUUUCUUUUUUAUAAGUUGAUAAUCUGUCAUGCAAAACUUGUUUCCCCCUCCUGUUUUUUCUCUUUGUCUAACACACAUCUGCACGUAAAGACACACAUGCGAACUGAUACAUAGUGGUACAUCUUCCACGCGUGUGCUCUUUCUCUCUCGUUUUUUCCGGUUUACAGUACACAGUUUCAUUUUCUACUAGUCUCUUUGUCAUUUCCAACUUGUCCUACACUUUGGCCAGUGACUUAUUAUUGCAGGUUCGGUUUAUUUGUUGAUUGGUUUUGAAUUUUUUCCUUCUUUCAUUUUGUUGUAUUCUACUUUAUUCUCAUGAUACCUAGGCUUCUUCUCUUAUAUCUAUGAUACAUAUAUACUAUACAUGUGUAAAUAGUAUCACAGUCAAAUGUGCUACAUGGGGACAUAUGUAGACCAUUUUCUCUCGUUCGUUCAUUCAUUCAUGCAUUCGUAUUCAUGAUCAUUUCAUAGUGUCUCAAACUUCCAUUGCUGAUACUCUUCUUCUUCUUUUAUCACCUAUCAUGAUUGAUGAAGUUGCCUAUUGGACAUGGACACAAGUAAUAUGAAUAAGUAGAAAAAUUAUACAGCUGGUCGUAAUCAUCUAUUGUUUAAUACAUCAUUUUCUUAUUCCCUCUUCUUUCUCCCCCUUUCCACAAAAGAGUUACAAAGAUGAAGAAGCGCGCGAUAAACAUUAAUUCCCACGCAAUGGAUCUCUCUCUCUUUAUUCCUCUUAUUUUUUGUUUUUUCUAUCGUAUCAUUUACUAUUAUACUUGCCUACUUUUACAUAUACCUAUUGCACAUACACCCAAACACACACGCGUACUUUAUAAAAUCAGUCUAUUUUUUUCCCUUUCUCAUCAAACUUGACGAGAGACUAUUAUUAUUAUUACUAUUACUAUUACUAUUAUUAUUAUUAUUAUUAUUAUUAUUAUUAUUAUUAUUAUUAUAUCAUACUUGUACUAUACGGAAAUUACGAUAUCAUGAUUUGUUGUUUAAUUUUAACUUGCCUCUGAAAAUAAUGAAAAAUGUUUUUCGUUUAA